AUACGGACUAUACGAAGGCGAACGGAGAACGGAAAGCCGGAGAGGGCCGAGGCUCGCCCCCGUCGCCGUCGGUCGGUCGGUAGGCAUUGAUAACAGCGGGUGGCCCGCCGCGCCGCGACACUCGCGACAGUCGGAGCCGGUCGCUCGUCGUGCGAGCGUCGUGACGUUGGCCGCGUUGGCGUUUCUCGCGCAAUCUGAACGACGCGAACUGUGAACUGUCAAACGCCGCCGGUCGCGUUCGCGCUUUGAAACGCCGCUCGGCGUUCAUAUCCGGGUCCGUCUCGCGCGGUCAGUGCUCCGUCGCGUUCUGUGUCGCGUUUCCGCGAGUGUCCAGUGGUACCCAGUGUGUGAUCGACCAUGAAAGCGGCGGCGAGAGAUAGGACCGCGGCGUAAUUUGAUUGAUACGUCCUCGCGGCGGCGUAUUUUUCUGCAGCGACGCCGAUCUAGGCGGCUGGUGGUUUGGAAAUCUUGGAGAUCUCUCGCUUUCCCGCGCAUAUUCCCUGCGUACGUGGGAGGUCGAAGUUUUCGUCGAUAAUCCGACUUAGCAUCUGCCGCUUAACAAGGCAAGUGUAAUUAUCGGGGAUACGAGAAGGACCAUUUUGUGAGCAGAUAUCCGCCUCGUAAGGAGCGUCUCGGAUAGCCUGGCCGGUUCCCAAGGUUGGAGUAAAUUGACAUUCUUCUACGGAGAUGCAUUUAUCGUACCUAAUCGCGAGAUCGAUAUAAUUGACCAGGGCACACUUGGCGGGAGCCGACAUCGAGAGGCUUUUACUACAUUCAAAAACAAGAAACUCUGUAGUUGAAGGAAGCCACGAGCAACGAGCGGUACGAGAAUGCGGUGACGUUGAGAAACUGCUUGACCCGAAAAUACAUAUCGUAACGCACAUAUACGGAUUAUUAAUUAAAACAUAAAAAUCAUAUCCAAUCUACGACGAUAAUUCAUAUAUUAAUGCAAGACCAUUUCGCCGUUCUACGUUGACGUAACGGCGAGAAUCAAAUGCAACAUAUCGAUUGCUAAACGUAUCACAUUACGUCGUUAAAACUCGGUAGAUGUCUGCCACGGUAUAUCUCGAGCUACAACAUUAGUUUCGCACAAUUUAGAAAUCUACUUUAUCUCACUUCGUGUGAUCUAUCGCGACGGCGUCGAGAGAGAUCAACUUUGAAGAAUAGCCUCGCCGAAACGGACGAUAACGCAUGUUACUAUCACGGAAAGUUAUCGAUGUUGCACGUCAGUGAUUGUCAGUCAUUUCGAUUAGGAUAAAGAAUCGUUCUCCGGAGCCGAGGCUUUCGCUGUGAAAUUUCUGGCGCGGUAGCUCGUGAAAGGAACGCGUCUACCGUGGAUCUCCUCUCUCUACUCGGGCGUUUAAUUAGCGUCCUCGAUCGCGUAGAAAGGAGGAACUAGCCUAGGUGCCCGGACCUUUCGACGUCACACGGCGAGAGCCGACCGAGAAGAAGGUUGAAGAGGGGCGAGAGGAUGUUGCUGAGGUAACACGACAUUUCGAGGCCGCACGAGAAGUACGAUAAUCGCAGCACGGGAAGGUGUCAAUCGCAGCAGGCGCAUAAAGGAAGGAUCGAAGAGCGGCGGAAGGAUGGGUUUUCCCAGGAGGAGGUCGCUGUGGUUGAAGGUGGCGGUGCUGGCGACCGCCGUGUGGGUGACCGUCUGUUUCCUGCUCUACACGGAGGAUCGGGCGGCGGCGGCCGCCGUUCAAGGAUUGGCACCGUCGGGCGUCGCGAUGCCGCAGCAAGUAGCGAACGGCUUUGUACCGCCCGCGGCGUCGUUUAGAAAAGAAACGACCGGCAAUGUGAUCAGCAACAAGGCGAAGAUCAAUCAGGCCGGCCCGGAGCAAGGUGGUGGAGUACUGGCUGUACCACGGGAUCCGGAUGCUGUUGCACCCGGCGAGAUGGGCAGACCCGUGAUAUUGCCGACCAACAUGUCCGCGCAGACGAAGAAGCUGGUGGACGAUGGCUGGCUCAAUAACGCGUUCAAUCAGUAUGUCAGUGAUUUAAUCUCCGUACACAGAUCCCUGCCCGAUCCACGCGAUCAAUGGUGUAAGGAAUCUGGUAGAUACUUGAAGGACCUCCCGCCUACAGCGGUAAUUAUCUGCUUCCACAACGAAGCUUGGUCCGUAUUGUUACGUACAGUGCAUUCCGUGCUGGAUAGAUCGCCGGAGCAUCUCAUACAAGAAAUUAUUCUGGUCGAUGAUUUCUCCGACAUGCCUCAUCUCAAGCGCCAGUUGGAGGACUAUAUGAUGAAUUAUCCGAAAGUGAGAAUUAUCAGGGCGAGUAAACGAGAGGGUCUUAUCAGGGCGCGCUUGUUAGGCGCCGCGGCAGCCAAAGCUCCGGUACUCACGUAUCUGGAUAGCCACUGCGAAUGUACGGAGGGCUGGCUGGAACCUCUUCUGGAUCGCAUCGCGCGCGAUCCGACAACGGUAGUUUGUCCGGUGAUCGAUGUUAUAGACGACACCACUCUGGAAUACCACUGGCGCGACUCGGGCGGCGUAAAUGUCGGUGGAUUCGAUUGGAAUCUCCAGUUCAAUUGGCACGCGGUGCCAGAGAGGGAGAGAAAGAGGCACAAAAACCCGGCCGAACCCGUUUGGUCGCCAACGAUGGCUGGCGGCCUCUUUUCGAUAGAUCGAGCCUUCUUCGAACGGAUCGGCACGUACGACAGCGGCUUCGACAUCUGGGGCGGCGAGAAUCUUGAAUUAUCAUUUAAAACCUGGAUGUGCGGAGGCACCCUGGAAAUCGUGCCGUGCUCGCACGUGGGUCACAUCUUCAGGAAACGCUCGCCUUACAAGUGGCGCAGCGGCGUGAACGUGCUCAAGAGGAACAGCAUAAGGCUGAGCGAAGUAUGGCUGGAUGAGUACGCCAAGUACUACUAUCAGAGGAUAGGUCACGACAAGGGGAACUUCGGCGACGUAUCGGAGCGAAAGGCUCUUAGGAAGAAACUGGGAUGCAAGUCGUUCAAGUGGUACCUGGACAACGUUUACCCGGAACUCUUCAUUCCGGGCGAGGCGGUCGCCUCUGGAGAGGUCCGAAAUCUCGGCGAGGGCGGCAACACCUGUCUGGACUCGCCCGCUCGCAAGGCCGAUUUGCACAAACCAUGUGGACUAUAUCCCUGUCAUCGACAGGGUGGAAAUCAGUACUGGAUGCUCAGCAAGACGGGCGAAAUCCGCCGAGACGAGUCGUGCCUGGACUACAGCGGCAGCGACGUUAUUCUCUAUCCUUGCCACGGAAGUAAAGGGAAUCAACAAUGGAUCUACAAUCCUCAGACUAAUCAUAUCAGGCACGGUAGCAGCGACAAGUGUCUGGCGAUCACGGAGAACAAGCAGCAACUGGUGAUGGAGGAAUGCUCGACCAAUGCCCCGAGACAGAGAUGGUCCUUCGAGAAUUAUGACCCGUCGAAGCUGUGAUACCGCGCCUUCUCGCGUCGUCAUUCGCACAAUCGCGGUCACGGUCCCGAGCGCGGCGGAUCUUGGCUGCCAGGGAAACGGUACUCGAUCGCCAAGACCCGCUUUGGCAGAUAAAUCCCGCGGAUUCCGCAAGAAAUCGCAAAAAAUGAUUCCUGCGGAAAACCGUUCGGGAUCGCUUGGUGGACCGACUCAAACUCCACGCGUUUCCUCGAUAUUCGUCGUGAAACGACUGUCAAGGACGAAAGGAUCCAUCGACCUCUUAUCGGCGAACUCGAAGUGUAUAAUACAAAGCGGAAGAUUGGUCGACGCAACGGAAUGUUUGCGAGAAUAAUAUACUUAGAAAAUUUUGUACUCGAGAAACUGCAUUUAAUUAGAAUAAUUUCCGAGCAUCACUCGAACCGAUUAUGAUUUGAGUCGUUGCCUGGGAUGUUGUAGCCCUAAGUAUUAAGAGUAUUACGAGAGAUUGGCCCGGACGUGGUCGUGGACGAACGUGAUCGUAUCGACCAUCGAAUUAGCUCUCGAUCGUCACUUUCGUUCGCUGAUCAUUUGCGCUUCCACGAGGAUCAAAGGGGAAGCGGGAUGCUCGAUGCUAUCACAGGAACGACGCGUCGUGUCGAUCCCUGCGGGCGAAUCGUCGAUUAUUCGUCUGAAUAACGAAUAGCGAAUUAUUUUUCUUUCUCCCACUGUGUUACGGCGCCGGCAAUUUUCGAGAACGAACCGCAGAAUGUCUUCGACGAGUCUGAGCGUAGCUUAUCCUUUAGGAAGGUCAAGUGCCAAAUUUAAAAUACUCCCAUCCUAAGGUCGCUGUAACCGGGGACGAACUCCAGUGCAGUUAAGAUGACGAACACGCACCGCCGUUAAUGAAAACAUGUAGUUGCGUGUACCGAAUGAUUUCAGGAGAUCGCAUUAGACGAUAUCCGCGCAGUCGUACCCUUCUGCUAACUCUUGGAGUGCCAUGUGCGAGUUCGAGGGAAAAACGCGAGGAGAAUUAUAACUCCCUUAACGCAAAUUGCGUUUGAAUAAUUUGCAUUGUUCUCACGCAACGGCUCACAAGAUAGCAUGCAUCUUAUAACCAUCAGAGAUGGUUUACUUUCAAGUUAUUCUUAAUCACGCAUCUCUCGGUAUUCGAGAAGUAUUUCGAAGACGAAUGCAAUAAUUUCAAUCAAUCACUCUCUAGCGUCACAUUCCUCACGUUAAAGAAAUCGUCAGACGUCGUAUCUCUAAUCGACGAUUCGAUUAUCCGCGAUGGCAUUUGUCAAUCGCUUAUAGUCUCUUGCUGUCUCUUCGGAGAUAAAUUCUACAUUCCAGACUCGCCGAGACGAAGACGGCGACGUUUCGCGUAACAAAAAGAGAAUUAUAUUUUCUUUUUAGUUUUUAAUUUAGAUAACUCGCGUAGGUUUAAUUAGGGACGCGCAGAGGAAAAGAGCGGCAAAAACAUUCCAGAGACGAAUUUUUUGAUUCUAUUUGUAUAAUACAUUCGUGUAAGAUACAAUAUCUUGAUGCCAGUUCAGAGAACGUAAGUACCGCCUAAGUAGAUCUAAGAGAGUGUUACUAAGUGUGCGAACAUGUAUGAGUUAUUGAUCGUAAGCGGAUCAUCUUCGCUUUCGACAGCUGCGAACGACUCGCGAUCGUGAAUCAGCGAUUAAUUUGACCGUGUAAAUUUGCUAGCGGACACGUCGUGAAAAGUACACUUUCAUAAGGAAACACGAAUCGUUUCUUAUAAUUUUAGCUACAUAUCACUAUACGAGCGCGAUUAAGAAUCGUCGCGAAUAAUACAGUCUUCGUAUAAAAAUAAGGUUUAAAUCUAAAAUACAUUAACGAAUCUUUACCUGUUAGUUACGUGUUUAAAAAUUUAUAACGUGUUCGCCUGAGAAAGGUCUAAUUUAAAAUUAGGGGCAUGUGGUUCAAUAAUUUUAUUGAAAUUAUUUAGAUAUUUAUAUUUCAAAAUGAUUUUUGCGUGCCAACAAAAUCAUAAGUACCGCUAUAUGCAGAAAUGCGUAAUGAAAAAGUGAAAUUAACAAUUGUAAAAGCACUGACUCGUAUUAUCAUUAAUUCUUCUACGAAUCUGAUCAUGUGAUACAACUUUAUUCCCUUUUUUCUCUCUUCGUUACAUUGAUAUAUAUAUAUAUAAUUGUAAAUUUUAUAUGUGAAGAAAUGUAGCGAAGGAAAUUUAAAUAUCACAAAUGGAUCUUUUUCUUGACGAAAAUUAUGAAAAAGCGUACAUAGCUCUGUUAAAUCAGCCGAAUAAGAUGUUCAAGAGUCGUAUUAAAAAUUGAGGGAUUUACGCGGCUGUAAUUUUCAUGCGACGACGCGAACCGGGUUUGCGAUUUCGCGUAAUAAUUAGCCGCGGACGUGUGAAUGCGUUAAAUACGUUUAAUUGCGGAAAAGAAUUCGCAGAGGAAGAGAGAAAGGGAGAGCAGCGAGCGCUGGCCCGCGUACGAGUGCGUGCUUAAUUAGAGACACGACUAACUAGCGAUUCUCAUUUUAGAAUUAAUCGAGGUUCUCGAAGCCGCAGUUUUGCCAAUGCGAGACACGAGACACGGUUGAAUAGCUUAGGGAGUGUGAUUGUGCAAGUCGUGGAUAAUCUCGCAUGAAUGCGAGAAUCCGCCUCGCGAUUCGUUCCUAUAAUGGUCCGACGCGAGCAGACGCGCGAGCGCGAAUGCAGAUCGACAGAAUCGUUUAUACAGAUUAUAUAUACGACAUUUUCUACAUUUGGUAAGGACGUUGCAUAUCGUAAGGGACGAAGACGAUUGAUAGUAAUUAUAAACGUGACUAACGCGCGACCGCCGGAGAGGAAAGACGCAUGUUCUCUGCGCACGGCGCUCUCUCGUCGCACAAUUUAAUUAAUAUAAUAUCAGACGUGCCUUAUUUCGUGUAUAUAUGAAUAUUAUUAUCAUUAUUAUAUCAUUAAUACAAACCUCUAUCAUAACGUGCAAGUAUUUGUGUUGAAUAAAUCGAUGUUGUUUUAUGUUA